UCGGGCAUGCUGACUUUGACAUCCCCGCAAGAGAGAGAAGUGCGAAGUAUCACCUUCCCUGUGAGCCUUUCACAAACUAUGUGAAAGUGAUCAGCGGUAUGCCAUGUGAGCUCGGUCUGCAGAGAGACUGUAAGCUCCUUCCCCUCUGAGCUGGGAAAUUUUUCAUGUAAUAGCCAAAUCAAUCGUAAAUCAUACAUUCAAAAUGUUGCCCUUCCUUCCCCCCGGCUCAUCUUUCCCUUCCCUUCACUUUUACGUUCUAGAUGCUUUUCUUUUCUGAUUUGACCUCCCCCCCCCAUCUUUUUCUCUUCACUGUUUGUUUUUGUGUGUGUCUUCUUCAUCCUUUCUUCUCUUGUCUCUCCCUGCUGCCACUUUUACUCCCAUUCUGUUUUGAUGGGUCUAGAGUGUGCAUGGAUCCUCUGUCCUGCUAAAGGUGGCUGAGGGAAGCGCUUUGGGAGGAUUUGUGGACGUCAGUGAAUUUGUCUGAAUUCAUUUGUGGGUCAGGCGGUACUCUCUACCCUGCUAUUUCCUAGAAUUUACAAUGUGCACAUGCCUGCCUGGUAUUUUUUUCUUUGCCAGUAGGUGGCUUUCUCCCCAUUCAUAUACACUGCUUCUGUCUCUUGGGCAUAGGUAUGCAUCAUCUGCACCAAUUUCACCAAAGAAGAACUUUACACAUCUCCAAAUUAGCCUCAAGCUGCACACUACCACUGCCCUUUGUAGAUGCUAUUCAAAGGAGAUCUUCUCAGAAACUUUGCAGAUGCCAUUUUUGUGCUGCUUUUCAUCAUGUGUAGCAUAGAGUCUGAUCUUGCAAAGUUCUGAGUGCUCUCAGUUCCUAUUGAAGUCUCGUUUCUCUGAUAGCUACUUCUCAAUGAAUUGGGUCAAUUAUUAAUUAAAUCGUAAGGUCUUUGUGGUCGGGAUCAUGUUUUUGUUCUGGGUUUGUACAAUAAGGUCCUAGUCUGAUCAUCUUAAUUAUGUGGCUAAGAUGCAUUGUCUGUUUAACUUUGAUUGUAAAAUCCUUGAGGCAGGGUCCAUCUCAUCCACCUCCUUGUACAGUACUGAGCACACUAGUGGCACUCAGUACAUAAUGUUGCUACCCUGUUUGACCUGAGCAGUUAGCCAAUGUUAGGGGUCUUGCAGGUUGUUUCUGUUGGUAGAAGAAAUUGAUGACAGAGUUAGCUAUUUUUUGAUGCACUUCCUGAUUAUUUGUAAAGACUGUACACUAAGUCUUAUUUUCCUGAUCAUGGUAAGAAUCAAACAGGGGACCAUUUCUUUGCUCACAGUUCCAAGCCCCUUUUCAGCAAGCACUUAACCUCAAAGCUCUCUCUUAGCUUUAUCAUAGGGUCAUGCUACAAGUGCUUCCCUGUUGCUUUCUGUGGUGUUUCGGCUGCCUCUGCCACUCUCACUCUCAAACCUCUCCAGCAAACAAUAUCCAGUCCCCAGUGAAAAGCUUCCACUCAGAUCAUUCACAUUCCUCACUGGCCUUGCAGGUCAUCCUAUUGUUUCAACUAUUCCACCUGGGAGCUUAAUUAAUUAAUUGUUGCUGCCCACCAGCUUCAGCAUUGUUUCACCCAACCCCCAGCAUAAUGGGUGUUAGCUCAGCCAAACUCCAACUUGGAUAAUUAUCAUGUUAAGUCUUACAUUCCCCUGUAGCACCAUUGACUACUAGUAUUGUUCUUUGCUUCCCACCCUAAGCUCUUGUGUAACAUUGCUGUGCUCUGUUCAACAGUUGCCAUGUUUCUCCCUAGAAGUGGCUGCAUUUUAGUGGUUGGAGAAUUGAUUUGCAUAUGUGUGCCACUAGAAUGUUAAGCAGUUUAUAAACCAAUGGUGGGAUCAUUUAGGAUGGAUGACAGUCAGUGGACACAUCUUCGGAAGUCAUUAUUUCAUGGUGCAUUAUUACUAUUGGACUCUUGGACUAGUUGUGCAGAGAAAAGCAUGUUCCGAUUACAGACUAAUCAAUUUGUCCUUCCAUCACACCCAUACAGUCUUUAAGCAAGCAAGGUACAGUGCUUCUUUGUGAAAAAGAAGAUAUUUAAAGUCAGUCAAGAGCGUAUAGAAAUUUUAUUUCUAAAAUCGGAAGUAAUGACCCUCAUUUCUAAAGUAUUCCUCUUUCCAAUACUAACAGUGGCUUGUUGGUCCAGGAGAGGCAGUAAGCAAGUCCCUGGAUGGAAUCAGAUCACAAAGCAUAAGCGUUUAUUUUACAGUUAGCCAGCUGGUCGUGAAAUGUCCUGCCUUUCAGCCAUCUGGGAAACACAUCAAUCAGGAGUGGUGUUUCGGGAGCAGAGACUGAACAGAUCUCGACAUCUGGAGUCUGGCAGUCUUCAUCAUUCUGCUUAUCUGAGCUAAACUGUAGUGGUUAGAGAUAGAGCACAAUAGUAUGUUGCUUUUGGAAUGCCCUAGAUUGCAUUAAGUGCUGUCUACUAACCCUGGUGUUCUCCACCUGGGGGCCACUUUUCCUUGAUAUAUUGCUGAAAGUGAAGGGGGUCCCAGCUAGAUGGGAAUGCAGGGGUUCUGAGGUGGUCCCAGUAUGGAAAAGCAGUUGCAUUAUGAAAAAUAUUACUCGGGUUGUAAGCAUUUGGGGGCAGCAACUCUCUUUUUGUUCUGUUUGUACUGUGCCUUGCCCGGUGAGGUCCUGGUCCGUGACAGGGACUCCUAGGCACAAUGGUAAUAAAAUAAUAAUCAUAACAAAGGCUGAGAACCGCUGUAUUAGGCCAUCUUUUUCCCAGGAUAGGACUUUAUAUCCCCUGUGAAUGGAGGGUGCAUUUCAUCCUUUUCUAACUGUUUUUUUUUUGUAAUGGUCUAAUUUUUGUAAGGUUUCAUUUAAACCUUUGUAUGUGUGAAUUUAGCAGUUGAGCCCUGAAGUCCUUCAUGUAUCUAUCCCCAGAGAGGGUACUUCAUAAACAACAUCAGGGGAAUCUUCCCACACACUGCCCUGCCAAUAUGCCUUUAAUGACCACUCUCUGCUUCUAGGGACAAAAAGGGAGCUAGAGGCCUCUUUUCUGAGACUACAACAGGCCCAGUCCUGCAGGGUAUUAAACACUCCUGCCUCCAGUCAUAUUUAAGCUAAUCCAGAACUAGAGAUGGAUCUAGACUGAAUCUGAAUUUCCAAAAGAUCAAUAGUGUUUGCGUCUGGGGUCAGAUUCUCAGCUGCACUCAAGGAGCCCUAGGCUGUGUCGGGGUAGUUCAGGGCUGGCCAAGUUCCUGGCAUAGAUUUAGAGCAGCCAUAUGUCUCUGUAAUGAUGCUAGCUCUGCCAAAGGGCUCCCAGCAACUGGGGAUCACCAGGGCUCUCCAGCCACGUCCCCAUUUCCACGGCCACACUCUGUACAGGCCAGGAGAGGGAAAUGGCAUAAGAGGUGCUGUGGUAGCUCUACGCCACCAGAGAUUCCCAUAUGCUGGCUAGAUCCACCAGCUUUUAAGGAGGCUGUUUGCUGGGAUAUUGGCACAAAGCAACCCUAACUGACUCACAAAUUAGGCCCCUGGAUCAGAAUACUUCCUUCCUCAAUAUGGGGAGGGGUUCAGAUUCAUGGUGACAUCCUGGUGCCAUUGAAAUCAAUGGCAAAACUCCCAUGUUCCAGUUCAUGCCUGUCUUUAAUUAUAACCCAGCUAACUGAUAAGGCCCACCAGCAGUCAGGGUAGCUGGUGAAGAGGACUCUGACACAUCAGAAUUUUACCAUUUAAAUAUACAUACUCUUGCACAUCACAGAUCUACUUGAGUCAACCGAUGUUCAAUGUUCGUUGCUGAGGGCUUGCACUCCUGACCUGCCUUAGAUAAGGAGCUAUUACUUGCUAACGCCUCUUGGGCUUUCUUAUCAUGUCAAAGCUUUUAUUCCCGCCUCAUCUCCCACCUUCUGUUGGUUUGAGGCUGGUGGAACAUUUUUAUAGAUGAAAAAUAUUCAUGUGUGUUUUUAACACUAGAGCUAACAUACAAUGGGUUCUGACUAUCCUCCCAGUCUCCGAUGUGGUCUCCCUGGGCUCAUUCUCUUUUUGGAAACUGCCUUUAUCCUCAUAUUUUGGUUUUGCUUUUCAAAGGAAAGUCAAAGCACAUCAGAAGACCUUAAAAUCUAUCCUGCAUUUCAAGAUGUCAACGUCCUGGUGAUUUUUGGAUUUGGCUUCCUCCUGGCCUUCUUCAAAAGAUAUGGAUUUAGCAGCACUGGAUUCAACCUGCUAAUUGCCGCACUUGGAGUUCAGUGGGCUGUGCUCGUGGAAGGAUUUUUGUUUGCUUCCUCAGCAGGAAAAGUGAAAAUCAGCCUGCACAGUGUAUUAAAGGCCAGUAUAAGUGUAACUGCUGUUCUAAUCUCAUCUGGAGCUCUUCUGGGCAAGGCUAACCCUAUUCAGUUGAUUUGGAUGGCGAUGGUGGAGGUUGCAGCUUUCAGUACGAGCAGAUGGAUCAAUGUCAAAUUCCUGAAGAUUGAGGAACACACAAGCUUGAUGCACGUUCACAUAUUUGGAACCUACUUUGGCUUGGCAGUCUCCUGGUGGCUGUACCAUUCUUCAUUGAGUAAAAGGGUUGAAAAGGAAACAUCUAAUCCGAUAUCUGAUUUGUUUUCAAUGCUGGGCACUCUCUUUCUGUGGAUGUUCUGGCCAAGCUUCAACUCUGUGCUAAUCGUGGAUGUGGUGGAAAAGAGGAACGCAAUCUGCAACACUUACUAUGCCAUCGCUGUGAGUGCUGUGGCUGCUUUUGCACUGUCAUCCUUGAGCCGCAGGAAUGGAAAAAUCAGGAUGAUCCACAUCCACCAUGCAGCACUAGCAGGAGGGGUUGCUCUUGGUUUCUCAGCUCCCAUUAUUCCACAUCCUUGGAUUGCCAUGAUUUUGGGUCUGCUUGCCAGCAUGGUCGCUGUACUGGGAUCUCACUGUUUACAGACAUAUUUGAAUUUGGUGCUCAAGAUUCAUGACACCUGUGGCGUCCAUUACACGUUUGGGUUGCCUGGAUUGUUUGGAGCGAUAGUCAAUGUCAUUCUCUUCAUAAUAAUCAAGUGGGCCAGUUUAUCAACACUGGGUUAUCUAGCCUUGAUUGAAGUUGGCUCUUUCAUGUUGACCACUGCUAUAGGUUUGGGAACAGGUUUCAUUACAGGUUUCAUUUUAACUUUCAAACUAUGGAAGACACUGCCUGCAUCGAAGUACUUUGAUGACCAAGCUUAUUGGGAGUUUCCCCAUUUGGCUUAUGGAUUUUGAACAGAGGGACUGGACCCAAAUUACAGAAGAUUAGACCAAGAUGAGGAAAACAUUUUCUAUCCUCUGCUAUAGAAAACUAAUUGGGGGGAGGGGGGGAAGGGAGAACAAAAGGUUAAAUGACUCCUGAAUUUCAAAAUGAAGAAACAUUAUUGCAGUAGGCUGCUUUCAGUUCUUAUUAAAUGAUACAGUAUGUAAAGUCACAGAUAAAAUAGUUCAUUCCAGCUUUUCUGCCUUGAUAAAGUCUUGCCUUCAA